UAAAAUAAUAUAUACUAAAAUAUAAUUCCAUCAAUUAUGGAAAUAAUUAUUCUCUAGUACUAGUAUACUACACAUAUAAUUUUUCCUAACUUGGGUCACUUGAAAAUCAACAUUCCGGUUAUUGGAACUAUAUAUAUGGGCAAAGGUCGAAAACUGACUACUAGCCGGAGUGAGGUUUUCUUGGGGACUAAUUACCAAAAUAUAGUUAAUGUGGAAGAUAGUCAAGAGCUAGCCGAAGACGAUGUUUGGUCCAUGGUUGAUGGUAUGACCGUCACCAAUGAUCAUGGUUGGGCCUCACGCGCCGUCCAUGUGAGGCAGGAUUAUCGAAACCCUGCCCCACUGGGAGACAGAACCUUUAGUGGUUUGUCAUCGGCGUUUGAACAUGCUCCGGCGAAAGUGGUGUCAUCGCCAAGAUUAGUGAGUCAGUUUCCCACGGGGAACAGUUUUGCAUCUCCACGUGGACGCCAUGUGGCCACCUCAGCGCCAGUGAAUGUGCCGGAUUGGUCUAAGAUAUACCGAGUUGACUCGGUUGAGUCGAUACAUGACUCGGAUGAUGUACAAGAUGAUCAAGACUUUGACAUGGAUAUGGUUAUUCCACCACAUGAGUAUUUAGCACGUAGUCGUGACUCGGGUGCAAAAUCGGUUUUCGUUGGUUCGGGUCGGACACUUAAAGGGAGAGACAUGAGUCGAGUACGCGAUGCAGUUUGGAGCAAGACCGGGUUCAAUGGGUAGCCAAAAACCGCAAGUUUGUUGGCCAAAAACUAUUGUAUUCAUGGGGUGUUGUUUUUUAAUUCUUGAAUGAUUAAUUAGUUUUUCCAAGUUAGUGAAAAA